AUGGUGCUAAGUGUGAUGAUACUCACUGACGAUGCCGACUACGAUGCCGACUACGACGCCGGCGAAACGUCUGUGAAUGUAUCACGUCCACGGUCCGACUUUGGAAAUGAUCAUGCAUACAAUGGACUCCAGACUUGGUGCGUUUCUCUAGGUCGUCCUGCCAAUAUGACCAAGUUGCGUAAACAGAGUCAAACAAUUUGGAUGCAGACUCAAAAGCCUACUGAUGAUUUGAAAAUAAAGCGUCAGCUUGAUGAAAUGGAAUUUUGA